UCUCUUUCAAUCUCUUACAAACCCCACAAUUUACCUUUCUUCUCCUUAAUCACCUUUUAUGGCGAAUAUAGUUCUUAAGCAAGCUCUUAUCAUACUUCUAAUCAUAUUUACAUCACCAAUCAUGAGCACUCAAGCUCGAAUCCUCCAUGCAGAUCGUGUCGCAAACAUGGGCAAUAUGAAUAGUCAGGUUCUCCUACGUGAGCUUGGGUUCGAUCUCUCCAAGUUCAAAGGUCAUAAUGAGAGGCGGUUUUUAGUGGACUCAGCGAGGGUUUCACCGGGAGGACCUGACCCGCAACAUCAUUGACUGAUCGCUACGGAUAUACGUAUUUUACCGGAGAUCCAAGCACAAAUAAUUGUGACUACCGAUGAUCCAUGCAAGUCAUUUGAACAUCGCUAUUUAUAUGCUUUUCUUUUCUUUUUCGUU